AUGGCUGGUCCAGAAAGUGAUGGCCAAUUCCAGUUCACUGAUAUUGAAAAAUAUUUCAACUCUUACACUCUCACAGGUGCCAUGAAUUGUGUACUGGCCACAAAUGGAGGCAAUGCUUUGUUGGUCUUGUACUUCAAGUUAAGGCCUAAAAGAACUCCAGCUAUGAAAGCAAUAUAA